AUGCCGGCUCAUCGAUUCGACGUGAAUCGAAAGCUGCUGGCACGAUCCGAUCGGGUGAAAUCCGUGGACAUUCACACCAGCGAACCGUGGCUGCUGGCCGCCCUCUACAAUGGCAACGUGCUCAUCUACAAUUUUGAGACGCAGGCGCUGCUCAAAACGAUCGAGGUUUGCGAUCUGCCAGUGCGCGCGGCUCGUUUUGUGCCCCGGAAGCAAUGGGUGAUCACCGGCUCCGACGACAUGAACAUCCGCGUCUACAACUACAACACCCUCGAGCGUGUGCACCAGUUCGAGGCCCAUUCAGAUUACUUGCGGUCAAUCGCCGUCCACCCCACGCAACCGUUCCUCCUCACCACCUCCGAUGACAUGCUGAUCAAGCUGUGGGAUUGGGAUAACAAGUGGCAGAUGAAGCAGUCGUUUGAAGGGCACACGCACUACGUGAUGCAGGUAGCGGUGAACCCGAAGGACAACAAUACCUUUGCCACGGCUUCGUUGGACAAGACCGUUAAGGUCUGGCAAUUCGGCAGUAAUGUGCCGAACUUCACGCUCGAAGGUCACGAGAAGGGGGUCAACUGCGUCGACUACUACCACGGUGGCGACAAGCCCUACCUGAUCUCUGGAGCCGACGAUCACUUGAUCAAGAUUUGGGACUACCAAAACAAGACUUGCGUCCAGACCCUCGAUGGCCACACCCAGAACGUGUCAGCGGUCGCAUUCCACCCCGAGCUUCCCUUGAUCAUCACCGGAAGCGAAGACUCGACGGUCCGCCUGUGGCACUCGGGAACUUACCGACUUGAGACGACGCUGAACUAUGGCCUAGACCGCGUUUGGUGUAUCUCUGCUCAUCGUGGCUCUAACACCAUCGCCAUCGGAUACGACGAGGGCUCGGUGACGCUGAAAUUGGGCCGAGAAGAACCAGCGGUUUCCAUGGAUUCAUCUGGGAAGAUCCUUGUCGCCAAGCACUCCGUCGUCCAGCAGCUCAAUUUGAAGACGCUCGACGCAGAGCAAACGGAGCAGUUGCAAGAUGGCGACCGUGUUCCGCUGUCCGUGAAGGAACUCGGCUCCUGUGAAAUCUACCCGCAAACCCUUUCCCAUUCCAGCAACGGAAGAUUCGUGGUGGCUUGCGGUGAUGGCGAGUACAUCGUCUACACGGCCAUGGCGCUGCGCAACAAGGAUUUCGGCCAGGCGCUCGAAUUCGUCUGGGGCCAAGACCCGAACAUGUUUGCCGUCCGCGAAUCGGCGCAGAGCAUCAAGAUCAAGAAGAACUUCAAGGACUUCAAAGCUAUCCGGACCGAUAUCGUGAUGGAGGGUAUUGAAGGAGGUCCGCUGCUCGCCGCCCGUUCGAACUCGUCGCUGUGUUUCUACGACUGGGAGACUGGAAACCUGAUCCGUCGCAUCGAGAUUGCCGCUCAACACGUGUACUGGAAUGAUUCCGGUGAAAUGGUUGCUAUCGCCGGGACCGACUCGUUCUACAUUCUGAAGUACAACGCCGACCUGGUGGCCUCCGCCUCGCCAGCCGAUUUCAACGAGGACGGCCUCGAGGAUGCUUUUGAAGUUGUCGGCGAGCAAGCCGAGACCGUUGGCACGGCCUUUUGGAUCGGCGACUGCUUCGUGUUCACCACCUCGCACAACCGUUUGAACUACUACGUCGGCGGGGAGAUUGUCACCAUCGCCCAUCUCGAUCGCCCGCUCUAUUUGCUCGGUUACCAAGCCCCGAAUUCCCGAAUCUACGCCAUGGACAAGGAGCUGAACAUUGUCAGCUACCGGCUUCUCCUGACCGUUUUGGAAUACCAGACGGCCGUGAUGCGUCGCGAUUUUGACACGGCUGACAAGGUAUUGGUCCACAUUCCCAAGGAGCACCGCACCCGUGUCGCCCAUUUCCUCGAGAAACAGGGCUUCAAGAAGCAGGCGUUGGCCGUGUCUCAAGAUCCUGAUCACAAGUUCGAGUUGGCCAUCGCUCUCGGCGAUCUCAAGACGGCCUACGAUUUGGCGCUGCAAAGCGACAGCGAGGAGAAGUGGCGUACGCUCAGCCAGGUGGCCACCGCCAAGUCGGAUCUGAUGCUGGCUGGAGACUGUCUCGGCAGGGCUCGUGAUUUCGGAGGCCUCCUGUUGCUCGCCUCUUGCGCCGGCUCGGCUCCACUGCUCGGCCGUUUGGCCAACGAGAGUGCCGCUAACGGAGCGCACAACGUCAGUUUCCUCUCCAACUUUAUGCUCGGCGACAUCGACAAGUGCUUGGAGACGCUGAUUGCCUCUGAUCGUCUCCCGGAAGCCGCUUUCUUUGCGCGUACACAUGCCCCAAGUCAAGUCCCGCGCGUGUUGGCUCUGUGGAAGGAGCGUGCUGCCAGCAAGAGCCAAAAUACGCGAAAAUCUGAGGCCCUGGCUGAUCCGGUCAAGUACGAGAACCUCUUCCCCGGCUAUCGGCAGUCACUUAAGGUCGAAUCGUUCGUUCGUCAGCUGGCCCACCUGGCCGUGCCGGCAAAGGCGGCCGCCCAGGCCAAGCCCAACCAAACUCGUAACAUCCACGAGGAGAUGGAGCAGGCCGAGCAAAGUGGUGCCCUCACUUUUGACGCUGACGGCCAGGCUCAUCUUCGAGGUGUGCAGCGCCAACCGCCCCCACUCAGCCAUCAACCAACCCCGCCGCAGCCAACUCCCGCGCUCAUCGCCACUGCCUCAGCUGCGGCUGCGGCUGCUGCCGUCGCGGUCGCCGCUCCAGCGCUGCCCUCGCCCAGCCCCAGGCAGGAAGAGCCUGCUCACGUCGAGGAAGAUGAGGAGCAGCAGCAGAGUGACGAAGAUGAGGAUGAGAUUGGUCGCGAGAUUGCCCAGCCCGCGCACCACAGUGGCCCCGAUGUCGUCGGCCAGAUGAAGCCCGACCUCGUGGCGCACGACCCGCAGCCCGAUCUGAUCCACGAGGCCCAGAAUAACCGCCCGCAGGUGGUUGCCGAGGCCGAGGACCGGUGGUCGGAUGACGAUUUCGGGGACGCGCAGGAGGACGCGGACGAGGACGUGAAUGACCUCAACAUCGACGACCUGAACCUGGAGGACGACGAU